UAGUGUACCAGAUUUGCCCUUUCAAGAUGAGCUAUUCAGCAUUGUACACCCGAUUCGUGCUUUCCAUAUUUUGCGUCGUAAAUUACUAUGGUUUUGUUGAAUCAGAUUUCAGAAUCGUCGGUGGUUAUCAAGAUAAUAUAAAAAAUGUACCUUAUCUUGUAUCGCUUAAUAGUGAAGCAUAUAAGGGACAUUUCUGUGCUGGUUCCCUUAUAACACCCAAGUGGGUAUUAACAGCGGCGCACUGCGUACAAACGGUGACUGCUGAUGAUAUUACUGUGCGAGCUGGUUCGAGCCACAGAAAUAAAGGUGGGGAAGCUCGCAAAGUGAAACGCAUAUUAGAACAUGACGACUACCAACGGAAAUACGAGAAAGACUUCGAUUUCGCACUUUUGGAAUUGACAGACGAAUUUCCCAUGACGCGGAAAAUUUCCACAAUUAAACUAGCCUCUCAAUUGGAUAAGUACUACAGUAACGAAAUGUGCAAAGUUUCGGGUUGGGGCUUAAAUAAAGAUAAAACAGAGAAACACCAACCGCUGAAGUCGGCUAUGGUUCCGCUCCAAAGCACCGAACUAUGUAAAACACAACACUUCCCUAAAAAAAUCACUGUCUCCAUGAUGUGUGCUGGUGGGGAUGGAAAUGAUGCCUGCCAAGGAGACUCCGGAGGUCCGUUGGUUUGUAAUGCGAAGCUAGUCGGAGUCGUCUCGUGGGGAAAAGGAUGCGGUAUAGAAGAAUUUUUUGGCGUUUAUGGGUCCGUUAGUAUGAUACGGAUAUGGAUAAACCAGGAAACGGGUGCUUGGAUUAAGCUUGCCAUUUGUAGGAUGAGCAGUUCUCUAAUAACGUACAUCUGGUUCGUGCUAUUUAUGUUUAGCGUUGUAAAUGAUGGUAGUUUUGUUUUUUGUUCAGAAUUCAGAAUUGUUGGUGGAAGGCUAAACCGUAUAAAUAAUCUACCUUACCUUGUAUCGCUGAACAGUGAAGCAUACGAGGGUCAUUUCUGUGGAGGUACACUUAUAACGCCCAUCUGGGUACUAACAGCGGCGCACUGCUUACAAUCAGUGACUCCCGAUGAUAUUACAGUACGAGCUGGUUCUACUCAUAGAAAUAAAGGCGGACUGACUCGCAAGGUGAAGCGCAUAAUAAUUCACAAGGACUACCAACGGCUCAUCGAGAAAGACUACGAUUUCGCUCUGUUGGAAUUGAAAGACGCAUUCCCUAUGACGCAUAAGAUUUCUACAAUUAAGUUAGCAUCUAGUAUGGAUUCAUACUACAAGGGUGAAAUGUGCAAAGUUUCGGGCUGGGGUACAACAAAAGAUGAAAAACAGUCGCAACAACCGUUGAAAACUGCCAUGGUUCCGCUGCAAAACACGGAUGUUUGUAGAGCACAACACGCGCCUAAACAAAUCACUGACUCUAUGUUUUGUGCUGGAGGCAAUGGAAACGAUGCCUGCCAAGGAGACUCCGGAGGUCCGUUGGUUUGCGAGGAAAAACUUGUUGGAGUCGUCUCCUGGGGUAAAGGAUGCGGUUUGAAGGAUUGGUACGGUGUUUAUGCUGCUAUUACAAUGGUGCGGGUAUGGAUAAAUCAAGAAACGGCGAAUUUGGAACUGUUAUUGAAGAUGAGUUCUUCUUCAAAAUGGUGUGGUUGGACAAUUCGAUACGUGUUCUGCAUGCUUUUCAUUGUAAAUUGCUCUAGCUUUAUUAAAACAGACAACAGAAUCGUUGGUGGUAGGUUGGAAUCAAUUAAGAAUGUUCCGUAUGUUGUAGCGAUUGGUAGUCCAAUGUUCGGAGGACACUUUUGUGGCGGAUCCAUUAUAUCAUCCAGUUGGGUACUGUCUGCUGCACACUGUUUCGAAGGCAAAAGACCAGAGGGUAUUGUGAUACGAGCAGGAUCAGAUUCUAAAAGUGAAGGUGGAACAGUACGCGGUCUGAAGCGCAUUAUAAUGCACCCGGGGUUUUCUUAUGCCACCAAAAACGAUGAUUUCGCUUUGUUGGAACUGUCAAGUGCAUUACCCAGAGCAAGUGGAAUUGCUCCCAUAGAGCUAUCUAAAAUUACGGAUCCUCAUCAUGCGGAAGAAGCCUGCAAAGUAUCUGGCUGGGGUGAAACGGAAGACCCCCGACAGUCACAUAAACCUCUAAAAACUGCUAUCGUGAGGUUGAUGAACACGCAACGUUGUAAGGCAGUGAACCAUCCGGUGAAAAUUUAUGACGCCAUGGUGUGCGCUGUCGCAAAUGGUGGCGCUUCCUGUCAAGGAGAUUCAGGUGGCCCGUUGAAUUGUGGUGGGAAACUGUUCGGAGUUGUUUCCUGGAAUAGGGGAUGCACUUCUAGAAAAUACCCUGGCGUUUAUGCUACAGUGACUUCGGCAAGAAGCUGGAUAUUGCACAAUACAGGAGUUUGAAUGUAAAAUGAAUAAAUACAAAUAAAUGUGUUUGAUAAAGAAAACGAAUUUGAA